AUGGAGAUCCCCAAAGAGGCAAGUACCUCCUCUUCGUCUGUCGUGCUCAGUGCUCAGCAGCCUCUGCCGCCACCUCUUCUUUCUUCUUCUGCUCAAUCACAACCACAACAACAGCAAGCUCGGACGGGCGACUCACAAAUAUAUAAGGCUACGUAUUCGGGUGUACCUGUUUGGGAGAUGAGGUGUAAAAGCGUCGCCGUGAUGCGAAGAAAAUCUGAUGGCUGGUUAAAUGCCACUCAAAUCCUAAAAGUUGCAGAGUUUGAUAAACCGCAUCGAACAAGAAUCUUGGAACGCGAGGUACAAAAAGGGGAACACGAGAAAGUGCAAGGCGGGUAUGGAAAGUAUCAAGGAACAUGGGUACCGCAUAAAACUGGUGUUAGUCUUGCAGAGAAAUACAAUGUAAAAGAAUUAUUAGCACCAAUUUUUGAUUAUGAUCCAUCGGCAUUAGCAAGUCCGCCACUUGCACCUAAACAUAUCACCGCUGCCUCAAGUAAACCACGAAAACCACGCGAAAAUUUGUCAAUUGAUACUGAUAUUGAAACGAACACGAACGAAGGAGAAGCGAUUAGUCGUCGACAAUCCGAACAUAAUGGUCGACCUCAAAAACUUAUCAAAACUGUUUCCGCGACAGCACGCCAAUACGGAGAACAGAUGCUUAAAUUCUUUACGGCUCGUUCAUCAAUCCCAAUUCCGGAUUUUUUGUUGCAUCCACCGGCUGAUUUUGAUCCAAAUGUUAAAAUAGAUCAACAAGAACACACAGCGCUUCAUUGGUCAGCAGCGACCGGAAAAAAUCAAAUUGCCAGAAUUUUAAUACAAUCAGGUGCAGACAUCGCUCCCGGUAAUGUACGAGGAGAAACACCUCUUAUGCGAAGUGUUGUAUUUCCUUAUUGCUACGAUAGUCAAGGAUUCAAUGAAUUGUUGAAUUUGCUACGAGAUUCCUUGUGUCAUCAUGAUUACAGUAAUCAAACGGUGUUGCACCAUGUUGUUACUUAUGCUGGCACAAAAGGGCGAGAUCGUCCGGCAAAAUAUUAUAUGGAAAAUCUUCUCAAUCAACUCGCGACGCAACAACCCGAAGAAUACCGAAGCUAUUUUGUCAACUUGCAGAACAACAAGGGUGAUACAGCGUUGAAUAUUGCCGCCAGGAACGCCAACAAGAAACUAGUAAAACUAUUACUAGAUGCCGGUGGUGAUCCUCAGAUACGAAACCGGGAGAAUAAGAAUGCCGAAGAUUACAUUCUUGAACAUGAAGCAGAGGCAGCACGAUUACGUGAAAUCGAGCUGCAAAAACAAAAAUCAACACACACCGUAAAUUUGGAAACCUCCACGUCUACAGUUCGACCGAAUGCACGUAAUCGAUUAAUUCCCAGUGCUAAUGCCAUCCUACAAGAUUUUCAAGAAUGUUAUGAAGCGAGAUUACUAGGAAAAAAGAAAGAGCUGAUUGCAGUCCAGUCUGAUUUACAGGCUGUAAAAUGGAAUAUCGAGGUCGCUAAUAAUAGUCUAGAAGAAACAAAAACAAACACAGACAAAUUACCAGAGCUGAAAGAACGGGAAGCUGAAUUGGAACGUUUAGUGAGAGAAAAACUUGAUUCACGGUAUGCUGAACGGAUUCAAGCAUCAUAUGAAUCAGAGUUGAAGAACAUCAAAAAUGUUAAUACUAAUGUAGAUUCCACAAACUUAGCUGAGCUCCGAGAAAAAGUUGAUGCAGCGGAAAAAAAUUAUCAAAUGUCGAUCGGAACAGUGCUCAAUACCAUGAUGGCCAGCGAAACAAAACUGGCUAAAUAUAAAAAAUUAAUAGAAAAUUGUUCAGGGAUUGAGUCUCAAAAAUUCUUGGAUAAAAUUGGAACACCAAUCUCACCAUAUCCCAUAAAAUUGAAGAGUGAAGUAGUAAAAGGAUUUGGUCGUGGUAGUAAAGAAUUAGGCAUUCCAACAGCUAACCUCUCGGAAGAUACAAUAGGCGCAGUAUGCAAUGGCGUAUCGACUGGCAUAUACUAUGGAUGGGCACAGGUGGUUGGUAAAGGUGGUAAGAACGAUUUUCCUACUACUCCCGUUUAUCCGAUGGUAAUGAGUCUUGGUUGGAAUCCUUAUUACAAGAAUGAGAAACAAAGCGCGGAAGUUCACAUCAUACACGUUUUCCCAACUGAUUUCUAUGGCGAAGAAUUACGCGUAAUUGUCUUAGGAUAUAUUCGACCGGAACGUGACUAUAGUUCGUUAGAGGAACUUAUCCAGGAUAUAAACACCGAUAUACAAGUGGCACAUAAUUCAUUAAAACGUGAUGGAUAUUCUAGAUUUCAGCGUGAUGAGUUUUUCGUGAGUGGCGAUGCAUGA